AACGUCAUCUGCGCCGUUAAUGUCCAGCACAACUGUCGAGAUCAGAAGUGCCAGCUUGCGAACACCCGUGUUGUACGUCAAGAACACGAGAACACAACCCAGCGUGCCGCUGAAGUCCGCCAUUCAUCGGUCCCUGACUACGUCCUUAACACCGGCCAGAUGCGUAGUGCGGCGCUGAUCAUGCCGCUAUACCCUCGU